AUGUCGCAGCAUUUCAAGCCCGCCGAAGAGCCACCAACCGAGCUAGGACGCUACCGGAUCCUCUCAGCCAACUGCUCCAUGCGAGUCUCGCCGCUCCAGCUCGGCUCCAUGUCGAUCGGCGACGCCUGGUCCGACAUCAUGGGCAGCAUGAGCAAGGAGCAGUCCUUCCAGCUCCUCGACGCCUACUUCGACGCGGGCGGCAACUUCAUCGACACGGCCAACUGCUACCAGGACGGGCAAUCGGAGCAGUGGAUCGGCGAGUGGAUGGCGGCGCGCAACAACCGCGACUCGCUCGUCAUCGCGACCAAGUACACGACCGAGUACAAAGCCCACUCGCUCGGCAAGCGGCGCACGGCGAACCACAGCGGCAACCACAAGCGCAGCCUGCUGAUGAGCGUGCGCGACUCCCUCGCCAACCUGCGGACGGACUGGAUCGACGUGCUCUACGUGCACUGGUGGGACUGGUUCUCGUCGGUCGAGGAGAUCGUCGAUGGCCUGCACGUGCUCGUCCAGCAGGGCAAGGUGCUGUACCUGGGCAUCUCCGACGCCCCCGCCUGGGUUGUCAGCGCCGCCAAUACCUACGCCGUGGCCCACGGCAAGACGCCGUUCAGCAUCUACCAGGGCCGCUGGAACGUCAUGCGCCGCGACUUCGAGAGGGAGAUUAUUCCGAUGGCGAGGCGCUACGGCAUGGCCUUGGCGCCGUGGGACGUCCUGGGCGGCGGCCACUUCAUCACAAAAGAAGCACUUGAGGAGCGGAAGAGGAAGGGUGAGGGUAUCCGGGCCAUGUUUACCGCUGAGCAGACGCCCGAGGAAGAGAGGAUCAGCAAGGCGCUGGCGAAGGUCGCGGCUGAGCAUGGCAUCACGUCCGUCACAGCCGUUGCGCUGGCCUAUGUCAUGGCCAAGGCCCCGAACGUCUUUCCGAUCGUAGGAGGGAGGAAGGUGGAGCAUUUGCAGGACAACAUCCAGGCGCUGAGCAUCAAGCUGACAUCGGAGCAAAUUGCGUUUCUGGAGAGCGCGCAGCCAUUUGAUGUUGGGUUUCCGAGUAACUUUAUCGGUGAGGACCCUCGUGUCACCGGUCAGCUGGGCCGUCUUUUGUCCAGAGUUGUUCCUCUUGAGUAUGAGAGGGCCCCUAAGCCUUUGGGUCAUGCGUAA